CUGGUCCAUCACACUGAGUCAACGUAGAAUGUCUUUGAUGGACAUUUGAGGUUCUUGUAGAUUAAACCUAUGCUUUAGCGGAAGUUUUUUGCCAGCAGUAAUUAUCACAUGAAAUUGCACUAUAGCUCACGCCAAUCUUGUGUUGACCACUAUUUGCUAUUGACAGUGAAUGCAGCGUCAAAAUAACGUCGGAUUAGUGCUUUGAACGUGUGACGUCGCAAACGGGCUCUGAUGUGUGGACUAGAAAUACUUAUCUGAGGCAUUUGGAGCAACAGACACUGUCGGCGUCAGCUUCACUGCAAAUUUGUGUUCCUCAGAGUGUGUUCCUUAGCUGUGUGACAGGCUGGUGGUCUACAGCCAGGAUGUCCUAUAUGAGCGCCGACAGCAGCUGGUCCCAGCCAAGGGACUUUGGCAGCCUUAUCCAGACAUGCAGCUCCAACAUCCAGAAGAUCAGUCAAAACUCUGGUCAGAUCAAAAAUCUCCUCCACCAGCUGGGGACGAGACAGAAAACCUCAGAGCUCCAGGAAAGGCUCCAACAGCUCCAGCACUACACCAACCAGCUGGCUAAAGAAACCAACAGACACCUGAAGGAGCUGGGGUCACUGCCCCCACCACUCUCUCCAUCAGAACAGAGGCAGCAGAAGCUGCAGAAGGAGCGUCUGAUGAGCGAUUUCUCCGCAGCCCUCAACAACUUCCAGGUGGUGCAGCGGAGGGCUGCUGAGAAAGAGAAGGAGUCGGUGGCCAGAGCUCGAGCUGGCUCCAGAGUCAUGGGAGAUGGAGGCAAUGUGAAUGAACAGCUGGUUACAUUUGAAAAGGAAGAUGAGUGGAACCAGAGCCAGACUCAGACUGAGGAGCCCACCAUCACAGAGGAGGACCUGGAUAUCAUCAGGGAGAGAGAGACUAACAUCAAACAGCUGGAGGCCAACAUUAUGGAUGUGAACCAGAUCUUCAAGGACCUGGCUGUGAUGAUCCACGAUCAAGGAGAGAUGAUUGACACCAUUGAGGCCAACGUGGAGAGUGCAGAGGUCCAUGUAGACAGAGGGGCCGUCCAGCUGCAGAAGGCAGCCCAUUACAAGAGGAAGUCCCGUAAGAGGAUGUGCAUGCUGGCCAUGGUGCUGUCGCUGGUGCUCAUCAUCUUCAUCAUCAUCAUCUGGCAAGCCCUCAAAUAAGAGAAGCACACCUUCACAUGACAUCCAACGUGAGAGUGGGAGUGGGAGUGAGAGUGGGAGUGGGAGUGAGAGUGAAAGUGAGAGUGAGAGAGCUAGCUAAAUCUGACUUUCCUUACUGUGGAUUGUGCUGUAUUUAUUUUGGGGUAAAUGGCGGGAACAUGAAUAUGUUUUGGGUUUUUAAAGGCUAACAACAUAACAGAUCUGCCAAUAUUUUGUGUUGAUAAUCACGAUUUUUUUUAUUUCUUUAGUCUAAAAUUGACAAGUAUUUGGCGUUUCCGCUCGUAGUUUGGGACAUUAAAACUCCACUGAGCCAAUGUAUGACUACUGCUACCACUACUGCUACUAAUAACACUAACUUAUGAGUGUUUGGAUGUGUGUGUGUGUGUGUGUGUGUGUGUGAUAAAUAAACCCUACAUUCCAAUGCAGAAAAGUAAAAUUUUCUUCUAUGUAACCUUUGUCACUUCUUUAGGAAUGUCUCAUCAAAUGCUAUCUUGCACAAUUUUAUAUACAGUAAGUAACCCUGUCUUGUUUGAAUAUGAAGUGUAUUCCUGAUAUAAAGAGUGUCUUACCUAUAAGAAUGUUAAAAGACAAAUAUCACCUGUUAGCAGCGAUCAGAAUGUCUGUCCUUAGUAAACUGUUUGUUUCACUGGAUCUGCCCACCUGAAAGGGAAUUUAAUACAGUUCCACCUGAUCAAGUG